UGCAAUGGCCAAUGCAGUGUUUCGACGUUCAAGCAGGAGCCACAGAUGCAAACCCUUGUAGGUCUCAGUGACUUGUAGCUUGACGACUCUCCAGCUGCUUUCAACAAGAGUAUAAGCUCCAAGCUUUUGCUCUUGGUGCCACUGGUUACAGUCUAGUAGUUGCAUGACAGUUGCAGACAACGGUCAGGCUUUUCCCAGUUUGGGUACGUCGACUGCUGACGACCGACUAAUCAUAAAAUUAAUGAUACAUACCAGGGAGUCAGAUGCACGAUGGAUUCUCUUGUCCCUGUACCAGAGGAGAUCAAGAUCAUAGUUAUCGGUGACUCGAACGUAGGAAAGUCUAGCCUGUUGACGCGUUUUUGCAACCAACAAUAUAACGAGCACCAGCAGACCACAGUUGGCAGCGAGCACUAUGCGCGUGACCUGCGAACCGAGCAAGGUUUAGUGAAGCUAAACCUGUGGGAUACUGCUGGCCAGGAAAGAUUCAGGGCUAUCUCAAAAACCUUUUACCGCAGAAGCGAUGCUGCACUGCUUGUGUUCGACUGGACCAAUGCGAAGAGCUACGGAAGCUUGUGGAGCUACUGGAGCACUGAAGUGCAAAAAGUCUGCGAAGAUAUUCCGUUAGUAGUUGUCGCGAACAAGUGCGAUUUGGAGUCAUCGAUGGAUAUCGAAGAAGUUCGCGAAGAAUGUGACCGACGUAAUGUGUGCCUGAUCCGAACAAGCUGUGUCUCCGGCAAUGGCGUCGAGGAUGUGUUCAGGCACAUUUCAAGCGAGGUUCUGGUGCGGAGGGUUCAGGCUGCCAACGAGGCUGUGUCACUUGACACCAUUGCCGGCAGUUCUCUCUAUUUGCAGCGGCAGGCACCUCAUGAGCCAGCAUCACGUGGAUAUUGUUGUGGGUACUGAAUUUUGCACCUAUCCGUGCCAGCUGAUAACCACGAUAUGGUUAUGUAUGAUAACCUGUGUUCUAUGGUUUAAUUACUCUUGACGUUAAAAACUUCUAUACUUAUUCUGACCGUUCUGAAUUAAAACUUAUCACACCCAUCAUACAUAUGGAUGAGUCUCAACGCGUUGAGCCACACCACAGUAUGUUAUCUUGAAUCUUGAUUUUCACCCUACUCCAUCUAUAUUCUAUAAACCUACCUUUGAAGUACUACUGCACACAUUGACUUGAGGACUGGGAGCACUAAAAAACCUUACAAGACACAUUUGUACAAGUAUAUUCUUGUUGUUGGUUGACAGCAUGUCACAAGGUGGAGGACCACUGUGUUCGGAAACAGCAACCUUACUACUUGUACAACCAUCCACGGUUGGUAGAGCCCCUUGCGACUAUCUGAACCGGAUGGGUGCUAGCCCCGAUUCUGACCCUCUGUAUUCUAGGGAGUUGCCUUAGUCUUCUUGUUGUUGUACCGUCAGCCGUGUAUUCUUUGUUCGCUCCUGGAUGUCUUCUUGAUACUCAGAGCUGACCCAUACGGUUCAGGUGGGGGGAGUCGCAAGACCAGGGCUCUACCAACCGUGGAUGGUUGUUGUAAGAUCACUGUUUCCGAACACAGUGGUCCUCCACCUUGUUUCAGGCUGUCAACCAACAACAUGAUUGUUUCAACGAAACAAGGUUUAUCUAAUAUAAAGUAUAUUCUUAUAUCUCAUCUUCUUCAACAGCCGAAAGGUACCGUUCAACAGUUUAUUGAUAUUCAUCUUCUUCUUCUUUUAUUUUUUAAUUCUUAUCCCUUUACACCUGCUUUAUAAUCUUGUCUGUAUGGACAUCCAACUACAGGAAUGAAUAUCCAAGGUCAACCGACUGGUAUGAUAUAGUGCAAGGUCUUCAAAAAUUGCUUUCCCCGUAGUACUAGUAUGCUUGUGAAUAUCUAGCAAUAGAAAUUGCUACAAGCUGCUCA